AUGGUACGUUGUCUGAGGGGCUCUGAGGUUUCGAACGAAUGCGAGGAAUACAACAAGCCCCUGGAGUCUGUGGCCUGCAAUGAACACCACUGCCCUACCGUUUGUCCGGUCAUAAAAUGUUAUACUAAAUGCCAGUUUGGUUACUACGUCAAUAGCAAAGGCUGUUCAACCUGCCAAUGCAUUGAGAUUAAUUUUAUCUACAACGAACUUCCAUGCGAAACUUCGCAAUUCGGAUGUUGUCCGGAUGGCGUAACUCCAGCAACGGGCCCCAACCAAUGCGACUACCCCACCCACAUCCCAAGUGGGCAAGACCCCGAGAGUUGCCACUACUCUCAAUUUGGGUGUUGUCCUGACGGAAUCACGCGUGCCCAAGGAUAUUAUCAAGAAGGAUGUCCCUACGAAGAGCCACACUGCCAGCAGACUGAACACGGAAUGCAGUGCACACACACGACGACAAGGCCACACGACGUCUUUUAUUGCAAUGAAGCAGAGUAUGGAUGCUGUCCGGAUGGGUAUAACUUCGCCUUGGGACCAAAUUUUUCAGGAUGUCCCGAAGUAGAUUGCUCCAAGACAUAUUACGGGUGCUGCUUGGAUGGUAUGAGAGUCGCCAGCGGUCCGAAUUUUGAAGGCUGCCAUCUUGAACCGGAAGGAGCUUACGAUCCCAACCGUGUGACGGAUUCCAGAGAACCUGUCACUCAGGAACCAUUCCAAAUAAACUGCCAGGACACGGAAUAUGGAUGCUGUAUGGAUGGGAUGACGAUGGCCACUGGUCCGCAUUAUGCCGGCUGUCCCUUGCAACACCGCAAGAAGGGUGUCUGCUUCCUACCAUCUGAACCCGGAAGCUGCAACGACCACGUCGUCAAACACUACUAUGACUCGCAAUCCGGAGAAUGCAAGAGUUUCUGGUACGGCGGGUGUGGGACGAAUGGGAACAUGUUCAAUUCGGAAGAGGAGUGCAAACAAGAGUGUGUAUUGCCUGAAGAUAUCGACGUCUGCCACCUGCCCGCCGUGACUGGGCCAUGCAGGGGACGCUUCCACAAAUGGUACUUCGACCACAACACCAACCAAUGCCAGCAAUUCCAGUACGGCGGCUGUCUCGGAAACGACAACCGAUUCGAAACGGAAGAGGACUGCAUGAGUAGAUGCGUUGAACCUGCCACCAGAGUUUGUUCCCUUGCAGCGGACCAGGGACCCUGCACAUCGGUCAUACAAUCGUGGUUCUUCAACCAAACAACUGACCAGUGCGAAAGAUUUUAUUACGGUGGCUGUGAGGGCAACCUGAAUAGAUUCAGUGAGAAGAAAAAAUGCGAAGAUGCAUGUUUGGCUCCUAAAAAGGAAAGCAUGAAUAUAUGCAGCCUGCCAAAAGAUGCCGGCGACUGCAGCAGUUACAUGGAGAAGUGGUAUCACGAUGUCGCCGAUGGAGUCUGCAAGAAGUUCAUCUACACCGGCUGCCGUGGAUCGCUCAACCGAUUCGAUUCCGAGUUCGAAUGUAUGACAUCCUGUAAUGCUAAAGAGCCACCCAGAGAUGUUUGCUUACAGCAGUACGAUGCUGGCCCAUGCCGCGACUUCACAAUGAAGUUCUUCUGGAGUAAGGAACAUCAGGCCUGCUCUACCUUCUACUAUGGUGGUUGUGGAGGAAAUGACAACAGGUUCGAGACUGUGGGUGAGUGCGAAGCCGCUUGCUCUCCACACGCUUCUACCACAGAGGCAUCACGCCGAACUGACUCUGACCACACAGCCGCUGACGAUUACAUGAUCCCUGUCUCCUGUAGACAGCCGCCGGAGUAUGGAACCUGCCAGCGUAGCUUGUUGCGCUGGCACUUUGACUACGCAACCAGAACCUGCAACCAAUUUCAAUACUCUUCUUGUGGAGGCAACAACAACAAGUACGUCUCGGAAAAUGCCUGCCUGCGUUUCUGUCACCCUGAUUAUUACCAUGUUCGAUCAGGAUCAAGAGAUGUUGAUACCACGGAAGCUGGAGGAGAUGGGGAGGUUUUACCACCGUCAAAAUUAGACGUCUGCCAGCAGCCACAGGACGUCGGCCCGUGUGAUGCUUGGGUACUCAAGUGGUCCUUCGACCACUCGAAACAGAUAUGCGAGGCAUUCUGGUACGGCGGUUGCCAGGGUAACGACAACAAGUUUGACCAGGAAGCAGAUUGUACGGCCAGAUGUAUGGGCGCUACCACAGUCACGGAGUACGUACCUUACGUACCCCCAGUUGAAAAAGAUUACUGGACCGCCGAAGAAGGCUCCAAAAAGGAAGGGGAGACUGAAGUCGUUGUACUGCCCAGUGAACCCGUUGAAUUGUGCAUGCAAGAGAGUUCCGCUGGCACAUGCGGGGACUGGGAAAUCAAAUGGUACUACAACAGCAGCAAACAAUCUUGCUUCCAGUUUUGGUACGGUGGCUGCAACGGUAACGAAAACAGAUUUGAUGACGAAGAAAGCUGCGUCAGCCGAUGCGCGCCGUUCGAUGCGUCUGAAUCCGACUCUUAUGUCGUCGCCCUCGGCUGGCCGUCGCACGCCGAGGCAGGUCCCAAUGACGAUGGAAAUAAUACUCCCCUGGUAUUACCAGAUGUACAUGUCGAUGUAUGCACAUUGAAAGAGGACAUGGGUACGUGCGACACAUACGAGCUUUUCUGGUACUACGACACGACCGUUGGCUACUGUGUCAACUUUUACUACGGUGGGUGUGGCGGAAAUGGAAACAGAUUCCAGACCAAAGAGGAGUGUGAGUCCAGGUGCCUAAUGACUGCUCCGGUUCCUACCCAUCCAGAAAUCGUCCCGAUCGCCAACCACUGCUACUUAUCUGUUGAGCCUGGAAACUGCCACAACCACCAGGUGAGGUUUUUCUGGGAUGAAUCGAACAAGCAGUGCCGUCCCUUCGUCUACAGCGGCUGUGAUGGGAACGAGAACAACUUCGAAACUGCUGAACAAUGCUACAGUCAGUGCGGUGUCAACGUUCAAACCGAGAGACGAAUUGCUUAUGCAAGAUCUACCUGUUUUGAACCAAAAGAUGACACGACAGUUUGUGGCGAGUACCAGAUGAGAUUUUCGUUCGAUUUAGGCUCGCAAGCCUGUAUCGGUUACUACUAUGGCAGUUGUCCUAACCCGGUCAACAGCUUCAUCACCUACGAAGACUGCCAGGCUAUCUGUCUGCCUGAGCUGAUUUUGGAAGAGGCCAAAGUUUACCCAACUGGCAAUGUUCAUGUUGGGCACGAGCAACACGUUGAAAGUCACCACAGCACUGACCACGUCGAAGGUCGUAUAGAAGGUCAAGAAGAUAAUUUUGUAGGUUAUGAAGAGGGAGGUUAUGGUGAAGAUUAUCGUGAAAACAUGGUGGUAAAUCCUAGCUACCAUGAACCAGUUUCUGUGACUGAACCAACUUUGGCGGUAGAUGAACCUAGUGUUGGAGAAAACUUCAUAAAAUACGGUGACAAGAAUGUGACGAUGUAUAUCAAAGCAGUGGGAGGUAAUGGUAUGCGGUUGGGCGGGCUCAAAGUGAUAGAGUGCCACCUAUUUUACAAAGCACCACCUGGACGCAGCUUCUCCUACAAGUUCUUCAAGGAUGGCCAGCCAAUUUACGUGAGCACGGAUGAGGACGGUCCCUUCAGAGGCGGUGGAUUCCAAAUAUCCAUCCAAAAUAUCGACGAGAGUGAUGUUGGCAUUUAUCACAGCGAGGUCGAGUUGGAGCCUGGUGUUACACUUGUAUCUGCCAAGCUAGCUCUCUUCCUGGAACACGAGAAACCCUAUGUACACCAUGAAUACGAGUACGAGCAGACUGACACACAAAUGGACAUCAUCACACCAGCAACUAGCGAAUCAACCGUUGACAUCAGCAUCAUGGAAUCUGACGAUGGCGUGACAGCCAAAUGUUAUGGUAACCUCAACUACGGAGCCUUAGUUUGGCUGGAACUUGAUAACGUUAAAGUAGACAGCGCCGCGGUUAACAUGCACGGGUUUGCCAUGAUUCCUAUCCCUGAACCAGAAACAGGUAACUACAAGUGUGUGGCUUUCUUGGAAAAUGGUCAGAAGAUUAUGUCCAACGAAAAAUUUUAUGAAUCAAGUCUGGAAGUUUUUGCUACUCUGAUCUCCGAUCAUGAUUAUCUGCACGUCAAUGACAAAUUGCACAUGCAGUGCGAUCUUGAGAGUCCGAAUCCAUACGACGAGAAUGAAGCCAGCUACAAAUUCAAAAAAUACGAUCCCGAGACUGGUUUCCUCUUGUCCGAACACGACACUGGCAAACUAAAAUUCUUUGAAAUCUAUUCAGUAACCGAGGCAGAUGCUGGCAGAUUCACGUGCACAGUAACAUACGGCAAUGAUGGGCGGGUGAUCGUCUCGAACGGCCUCACUAUCACUGUUAAGAGCAAUGAAACAACAGCAAAAGAACAAAUGGGGUGUUUAGGUGAUAGCACAAAUGCCGACUGUCAAGCGGUUGUACUGAAUAAUCUCUGCGCAGUUGAAUAUCUCAGAGAUUUAUGCUGUGCCUCUUGUAGGCAGUACAAUGAAAACGGCCUGUUGGAGGACUCCAAAAAAUAAUAAUGACUUCAUUUAUAUAUAUAUAUAUAUAUAUAUAUAUACAUAACUAGCUAAAUUACAUACUAUCACAAGUUAAUAUAUAUUAAAUGUUCUAUAUUUAUAUCAAAUAUAUUUUAGUAUUUUUUAUUUAAUUAUAAAACAACGACAUUAACAAGACAACGAUUGCACGACACAUACACGCACACAAGCACACGCACGCACAAGUAUUUGUAACAAUUUUCACUAACGUCUUACACGCACUAACGCGCACACAUGAAUGUUAUCUAAAGUUGAAAAAUGAAUUUAAGUUGAAAAAUGAAUUUUUCUUACACUCUGUAGCUGUUUUGAGUCGUUGUUUAGAUCGUUUGUUGAGUUUUUUUAUUAGAAUUUAUUUAUGGAUAUAUUUUCCGCUAAGCUGAACUUGUUCUUUUUUUGAAUAUGCACAAAUUUUAAUACUUCAUAUAAGCCUUCCUACUUGUUUCAAUUUUAUGCAUCAAUAUGUAUCAACUGAUAGUCCAUUUUUUAGAUUUCAUGUUAAUAUUUUGUGUAAUUCUCAUCAAAAAUUAUCACCAUUAAGUGCCUUCAUAACCAAAUGUUUUAACUAAACAGCAAUCAAGUUAUUUCAGUUUGGUGCUGACCAAAUUAACUGAAUCAAAGCAAAUGUAGUAACAUUUCAAUUUGAAUGUGCAAUAUUAUCCGGACCAAAUAAUUAGAAUGUAAGGCUUAUUGAGAUUAAAUAAAAUUUGUUUUAAUUAAAUCUGUUUUUUAUGAAUAAAAAGCUUUUUUGAUUUUUUAAAAUUACACUCUUGCACCAAUA